AUUUCUCUUUCGAAUAACACAGUCAAGCGUAGAAUCGAUGACAUUGCAGCAGACCAAAAUAAAAUUAUCGCUAUUUGUUGCCAUUAGUUGCGAUGAAUCCACCGACAUCGUUAAUUGUGCAUAGUUAAUAGUGUACGAGUAUGUUCGUUACAUCGGCGGAGAUAUCAUUCCAGAAGAGAUUUUGUACUCUCAAUCUUUGACAGCAGGUAC